UGGAGGCUUGGCGUGGGGGAGAAGCAGAGUGGACUUUAUGAUUAGCCAGUGGAAGGGAAUGAAGGGGGUGGAUAGCGAUGCUCUGUUUGGCUAGUGGAAAUAGGAUGAAGGAUGUAAGGCCUGGGGAGAAAGGAAGAUGGUGGUAUGGCACCAAGCUUGGUGUCUAAAGGACAAAGUGUAUGGCAAACGGGUUUAAGACUAUUUUCUAAAUCAUUGUGGCUGCUUUUGAGUUGAAUGGCCAAAGAAUACUUAGAACUGUCUUCAAGAACUAAAGCUGUACUUUCUCAAAGUCCUCUAAUUCCCAAAUUCCUUCUGUGAUUUACCUCCAUCCAUUUUUCUGCUCCUGGCUCCUGACAAAAAACAUCUUUUUAGUGUAAGAUUAAGUCUGAAAAUCUGUAAAACAAAAGAAGGCAUUCUGUGCAAGUUACAAGGUCAAAUGUAGGACUUAAAAUGGAAGCAACCUUUCAUUCUGAAGAGAGGAUUCCUGACUCCAGAAUUUGCUCUCUGUCUCUCUGAGCCAGAGUUUGGUCUACAGCUAAAAUGAACAUCGUUUAAACCUGGUAGUAAUUAUUGGGAAGAUUUCUAGCAGUACUGCAGGAGGAGGAGUCUGUAGAUUAGAGAUGACAUUGGUUGAAAUGUUUUGAAUGAAAUUUUUCAUCUUUAUGAACUAAAAAUAUUUGCAAAAUUGUCAAUGUUAUUGAAAUAUUUUGGGUUUUGCUAAAAUUUUCAUGGAAAGUGACCAUUUCAAUAAAAACAGUGAAAUUUUGCCAAAAAAUGAUGCCUUUAGACCACCGUGAAACUGAAACAACUUCAGAAUUUCUAAAUAUUUUGUUAUUUAAACCCUCUUCCCCCAAAUUCUGUAACAUUGGAGUUGCUGUUUGAGACUCCUUAAUUAGUUCUUGAAAUUCUGGUAAGUGUAGGUGCUGGGUUUUUUUAACAGGAUACCUAUUUUUUUUAAAAUACCUGUUCAGUGAGACAUCUAAUGAACUGAGCACUCUGAUUAGAAAAGGACAAAUUAAGUGAAAAUCGCUGAGUGAUCAGGGAAUAAAGGGGAUGGGUGCAAUAACUGAGGAAGUGGAAAGGAAUUGAGACAGCUGUGAUGGGGGCUGCUUAUUUAAAUAGGAGUGGGAGAGUCACAGCGAAGCCACUUGGAGCUUUUUAGAUCUAUGCGUUUAAUUUAAUUUAUUUCUGAUUAUCCCUAUAGACUUUAUUCUGCAGUCCUUACCUAGGCAAAACUUCAGUUCGGUGUUUUUUGCCUGAUUAAGGAUUCCUGGUUCUAGUCCUAUUUGCUAUAUUGCUUGCCUUAAUGACAGCAUUUAAUUUUUUGUUGUGUGGGCGGGAGAGGGGUAAUGCAUGUUUCUGUUGAGGUUUGAACCUUUUUUCUGACAUCUCUCAUUUUCUGAAGUGUAUGUCUGUCAAUUCUGUGGUAAAAUGAAUAUUUUUUUUAUUUCAAACCACAUGCAAGGAUUUUCUUAAAUAAGAGCUCAGAUUAAUAUAUAGUUUUCAAAUUGCAUUUUAAAAUAGCUUUCUACAAACAAGUCUUUCUACCUUUGUCUUUUUUCAUUUGCCAAGACCUGUGUUUUGCACUUACAAUAGCACCUUUCAUCAAAGGAUCUCAAAACUCUGUCAUUUAUAGAACUCAAUUUUAGAUUAAAUCUCAUAUUCUCUUGUGAUAAGGAUAAGUAGCAGUAUCUCUAUUUUACCUCUUUGUUGAGACACUGGAGCAAUGAAGCACAGAGGAAACAAAGUAAUUUGCCUGAUGUCUCUUACCAAGUUAUUAGUAGAACAAAAACAGGGCCACGACUCCCAUUCCCUUGCUCUAACUGUUCUAAAAUCAGCUCAUGUUCUUGCCACCAGUGAGUGGAUUAUUUUUUAAUACAGUGAAAAUUACUAAAACAAGAAGGAGUAUUUAUUUCCCUUCUGGACUGUUCUGUCAGAGUUCUCUCAGUCAUCAAUUUCUGCAGAACGCAAGUUUUCAUUUUAAAAAAAUUAUUAGGUUUCUAUCCCUUAUGGUUGCAAAGGUAGUAUUCCUGUCUACUUGAUUCUACAUGUGUACAACUGCUGCUGCGUUGCAGCUUGUAGCUUCUCAAGUAGUAGCAGAGAAAAUGUGAUGAGACUCUGGUAUGUUUUGGGGAGGUCAGUGGUAAAACUGACAAGAAUCAUGUCACUUUGACUCUGAUACUUAGGAAAGCUACAAGCCACCCUACAGGCAGAUAAUGGGACUAUUCACUGGCAAGGAAGACCCAACAAUAGACCAUGGGGAAGAAGAGAAUUCUGUAUAUAAGGUGGAAAGAAGACUUUCACAUUUAUGACACACCUACUAGCCAGAAAACGAUGGGAAGGAACCCCAAGGAGGGUCAAGAGGCAGUACUUUGAUAGGCUAUAUUCCUCCCCCUUCCCAGGAACUAUGGGUUUCUUACCAGGAUGUUAUUUCUCAUCCUCAUUGGUAGUGUCCUUCUCUCACCUGGCAUAUCAGUCUCUGGUUAGUAGGUGUCUUGGAUGUGUUCAAGCCUGGGUAGUCCUGCUGUUAAAAUACUCAUGCCUGCACUGUCUCCUACGAUGGAGGAAGGAAAUAUUGUGAAAUGGUUAAAAAAGGAAGGUGAAACUGUAAAUGCAGGAGAUGCAUUAUGUGAAAUCGAAACAGACAAAGCAGUGGUAACCAUGGAGUCAAGUGAUGAUGGCAUAUUGGCUAAAAUAAUGAUGGAAGAAGGAAGUAAAAAUGUGCGUCUGGGAACGCUAAUUGGUUUGCUGGUAGAAGAAGGACAGGACUGGAAGCAGGUUGAAAUACCAGCAGAUAGUGGCGAUCAAUCUUCUCUGGCACCCCUGAUGGCUCCGCCUGCAGCUGCACCUACUCCCCCUCCAGCAGGCACUUUAGCAUUAGCCUCUACCAAAAUGGAACAUGGGCUUGGAAAACUGCCGAUUCGCUUAAGUCCAGCUGCCCGCUACAUUCUGGAGACACAUGGACUUGAGCCAAGCAAUGUUACUCCCACUGGGCCUCGAGGAAUCCUCACUAAAGAGGAUGCACUCAAUCUUCUGCAGCAGAAACAGAAGAGCAAAGCUGCGGAAUCAAGGCCUAUGGUUUCUCCAGCUCCUACUCAGCCUACUGUAGUGCCUUUGGCUCCACAAGCAACAACUAUGUCCUCUGUUUAUCCAUGGCCUGUAGUUCCACCAAUUUCUAUACCAGGUCAGCCUGCAGCACAGGGUACAUUCACAGAAGUUCCUGCCAGCAACAUCCGAAGAGUUAUUGCUAAGAGAUUAACAGAAUCUAAAACUACUGUGCCUCAUGCAUACGCUACUACUGACUGUGACCUUGAUGCUGUCUUGAAACUAAGGAAAGAACUAGCGAAAGAUGACAUUAAAGUAUCAGUAAAUGACUUUAUUAUCAAGGCAACAGCAGUUACCCUCAAACAAAUGCCAGAUGUGAAUGUGACCUGGGAUGGAGAGGGCCCCAGGCAGCUGCAAUCCAUCGACAUCUCUAUUGCUGUGGCAACAGACCGAGGUCUCAUUACACCAAUCAUAAAAGAUGCUGCUGCCAAGGGAGUACAGGAAAUUUCUGCAUCUGCAAAGGCUCUCGCAAAGAAAGCAAGAGAUGGAAAACUGUUACCUGAAGAAUAUCAAGGAGGAUCUUUUAGCAUUUCCAAUCUGGGCAUGUUUGGCAUCAGUGGCUUCAUUGCCGUCAUAAACCCUCCUCAAGCCUGCAUCCUAGCUGUGGGGCGAGCUCGACCCGAACUCAAGAUUGUGGAAGAUGAAGAAGGGAACGAGAAACUUCAGCAGCAUCAGCUUAUGACAGUGACACUGUCAAGCGACAGUCGGAUGGUGGAUGACAAACUGGCUUCAGUGUUUCUGGAGUCCUUGAAAGCAAACCUAGAGAAUCCGAUACGACUUGCCUUGUGUUAAAUUGAUCAGGGAUUGGCUCCUUCUUUGGCAAAAUACAGAACAAGGUUACAAACUGUUCCCUCUCCUCCCCCGCUGCCCCAGAGAAAUAAUGAAUACUAAGAAUGAGGGGGGCAAUGAAAAUAUUUAAUUUAUUUGAAUUAACUUGAAAGAUUCUUCAGAUCCACCUUUGUGACCAUUUCAAGCUCUCAGGUUUUAUACUGUAAAACUGAAAUAGUUAAAUAUUAAAAUAGAGUUAAUGCAUUAAAGUUCUUUCACUGCUUAAUAGCAACUGCACCAAAUUUAAACACAUACGUUACUGUUUAGUUAGAAGAGAAGUUGAGACAUUGGGACAUUUGAGUGAGAAACGUGAAAUCAUAAAGGGAAUGAGACAAUGCUUUGUUUAAGGACUAAACAACUAGCUUUCUCAGUGAGGAAAGCAAACGGCAUGACUAAGCAAGAUGGCCCUAUAAAUCCCAAUCAUCAAGAGAAUCAAACCAGCUACCAGUUCAAGCAAUUAUUUUAACUAUUUAAUAUGUGAAGAGGGUUCCAGCUAAAAUCUUCUGUCAGAGUUGGGUGAUAUAAAUUGUGAGAGCUCUGAGGUUUUGACAAGGAUUUUGCUAGGGGUUCUACUUGACACUAGAUAAGUUACUUUGGUUUGGUGAAACAUGACCCUAUGUAAGUUACUUUAGUUUGGUUCAUGUCACAAACUCAACUGUUCUUGACCUUCUACUUUACUAUGAGCUUUUCCAGAUGAAAAUAACAGAGGGCAGAAAAAUUCUAGUGCACAAAACCCAAAGUACAUAAUGGAUGUAAAUGGAAAAACUCAAAUAAAAUAAAAUAUUAAAUAGUCUAUUAGCAUCUAAAAGCUGGAUUUGAGAAUGCAUUAGCAUUAGAUUAAUUAAAAACACAUUUAAAGUGUGUGUGGCUAUGCACUUCAGCAUUUUAAGAUCUCUACUUAAUGUAGUGUCCCACAAUGGAGACAAAUAAAUUUUAAUAAAUGUCAGUAAGAGUUUUGUCAUUUACUGCAAAAGAGCCAGGAUUUCACCCCAGAUAUUUUUCUCGUUACAAACUUUCAAUCUGCAAUAAAUUGUGAUAGUGAUACUUUAUUGUAAUAAUUUAUUGGGUUAAAAAGUAGUCAUGAGUUGCAUUAAAUAAUUAAAACAUUGCCCUAUAUCAAAAUCUAAUUGGUGUGUCCUUGUUUGACUAUCGCAAAUUGUAAUAGUACUUUUGCAGUUGUUCCAUGAUAUUGUUACCUGACAUGUAACUGAAAAUUUAAGUGUUUUGUAGACUGAAUACCUUAAUGAAAAAUGAUCUUUCUAUCACAUAGUGGUAUCAACUUCUUCAUCAGACCUGAGUGGUGAAGGUCAGAUUUUGCAUAUUGAACAUUUGCUCAGUAAAUCCCUUCUUUGAAUGGAAUGAAUGAAUGUAUAAUCACAAAGUGCAUAUCAUAAGUAGAUGAAUACUGAAUUCUAUUCAGUUUGAGGCUGAAGAACAGUGGCCUUGUAUUUGGAUUAGCACAAUGGAAUCCCUAUUAUGAUAGUUUACUGUUAUAUGGAAACAAUGGGGAUUUCCAAUGAAAUAAUUCCAAUGAGGGGAUCUGGUGAUAACAUAAGCCACUAGUACCCCAUUCAAGUCCUGGAGUCUGUCACCAUUAGAGCCACCAUAUUUUGUUGUAUGUAAUUCACUGCACCAAUUUGUUCUUUAAGAUCCAAAUUUCUUAAGUAUUUAUUUACUCACCAAGGUGUUGCAAUACUUACAAUAGUAAGUUUAUGGCUAAAACUUAUGUCAAUGUUGGAGUUUUCAUGAAACUAGUUUGCUUCUUUAACUGAUAUAGUGUGAAUGAUGCAACAUGAGAAAUUUAUAAACUAUCAAUCUGACACUGUAUUUCUGAUUACUUACAUAGGGUUUACUAUGCUAUUAUUCGUAUACCCUUUUUGUAUUGGCAGGAUUUUGUUAUUGAUAACUCAGAUUCUCAAUCUUGGACGCUUUUUAGGUUCUUAAUUUUUAGACACCGAGACGUAUUUUUUUCAAAGUGUUGAGCAGCCGCAGAUCCCACUGAAGACAAAACAUCUACAUAUAUAGUGCCCUUGGUAAUAAUGAAGUUGAAUAGGUUCUAAUGUGUUUGGAUAGCUAAAUCUAGUCUGCUUAGUAAAAUUUGCCGUGUGAUUUUAAAUCUGGUAUCUAUUCUUCAUUUCCUGUCCUAAAGGGAAAGUAGGGUUCAUGUGUACUGGUCAACAGUUGUAUGUUCCACCCCGCAGGAGGCCACGGUUCAGUGGCAGGCAAAGUAAUUCCUACUUAAAAUUUAUACAGUCAGCAUAGUUUGAAAAUUGCUCUGGGAGCCACAGGAAGGUGCUUCUAUCAUAGCCAUGCAGAUUAACUUCAGUGUGUGACAUGUAGCUAUCCCCUUCACAGUAUGCAGAAUGGUUACUUGUAAGCAUCCCAACGUUGUCACUGGAUUGAAACAUAGUUGGUGACGUAUGAUAUGUGCUGCCCGUCCGACUGAAGAAAAUCUGAACAAGUGAAAAUGACUUGUGGUUUCAACCUAGUUCCAAAGAAAUGCGUGUCCAUAUUACAGAGUAACCACACCAUUUGGCAUAGCAAAUGACUGCUACAAGAGAAAUGGAACAGCAAAAGUGGUGCUGUUUAGGAUUAAAAUAUACAGCAAAUAUUUCAUUCUGAAAAACUUAAUUUAAAAGUAUUGUGGAUAAGAUGUUUCAGAAGUGUCUUAAUGGUUAAAAAUGAAACAGUUUUACUUUAAAUAAAAAACGUCAAAGGUA